AUGAUUGAAAAUAAUAAUAAUAAUAAUAAUAAUAAUAAAGAAUUUACUUUAAGUCAGCCAUUUGACUUUUAUAAAGAUACAGAAUAUGGUAAUCAUGAUAAUAUAUCAUUCUGGGGUGAUGUUGCAAAAGAAUAUAUUCAUUGGGAUAAACCAUUUAGUAAAAUAUUUUAUCAAGACGAAAAUGAAAAAUCGGAAUGGUUUAAAGAUGGUCUCUUUAAUAUUUGUUAUAAUGCACUUGAUAAACAUAUUAAAAAUGGUAGAGGUGACCAAGUUGCUUUUGUUUAUGAAAUUCCAUUAGAAAGCAAAUCAUAUCAAAUAACAUAUAGAGAACUAUUUGAAAAAGUAUGUAGAUUAUCAAGAUCAUUAAAGAAUCUAGGUGUCAAAAAAGGAGAUGUAGUAAUGAUUUAUAUGCAUAACUGUUUUGAAGCUAUCAUAUCAAUGUUGGCAUGUUCUCGUAUUGGUGCAAUUCAUAAUUUUUUAUUUGGAUGCUUUUUAUCAAAUUAUUUAGUAGAAACCAUAAAUAGAUGUAAACCAGUUUGUAUCAUUGUAUCAAAUUAUGGAUAUAUUUUUGAAGAUAUUGUUUAUUUUUAUCAAUCACUAGAAGAAGCAUUACCAAACGUAACAGAGAAACCAAACAAUAUCAUACUUUUCAAAAGAAAUGAUAUUGUACUUUCUGAACAAAACAAAAAGGAAUCAAAUGUUCUAGAUUGGGAAGAGUUAAUAAAAAAUGAAAUCGAACCAUUGUUAGAGUAUGAAUUGGUAGAAUCAAAACAUCCUCAUUAUAUUUUGUUUUCAAGUGGUACAACUAAUAAACCAAAAGCAAUUGUAAGAGACUCUGGUGGAAGCUGUAUUGGUUCGAUCUAUUCAACUAGAAAUAAUUUUGGGUUAAAACAAGGUGAUACAUUUUUUUCAAAGUCUUCUAUUGGUUGGAUUAGUGGGCAUUCUACUUUAACUUACGGUUGUUUAUUUACUGGUGUAACCUCUAUAUUUUUAGAGGGUUCUUUUAGGGACUCUAUAAAUGAAUUUUGGAAUAUUAUUGGUAAAUAUCAAAUUAAUAAUAUUACAAUAAUACCUUUCCUAGUUAGAUAUUUAAUAAAAUAUGAUCCAAAUGGGGAAAUUGCAUCAAAAUACAAUAUAGAAAGUUUAAAGAAAAUUACCGUUUGUGCAGAAAAGGUCCACACCUCUAUUAUAGAUUAUCUAUUUAAAAUUGUAAAAAGAGAUAUUAUUUGUAACGAAUAUGGUCAAACUGAAACUGGUGGAACUAUAAUUGGCAAUCCUUCACUUCAACUACCCUAUGUCAAAGAUUCAAUUGGUAAACCAACUCCAGGUUAUAUUAUUAAAAUCGUUUCAAAGAGUAAAGAAAAUCCUAGUCAAACAAUAGAAAAUAAACCAAAUGAAAUUGGAGAAAUUGCUAUUAAACUUCCACUACCACCAUUCAUAUCAAAUCGAUUAUUUGAUGAUGAUCAAGACCAAUCUCAAUUUAAACAAAUCUAUACAAAUGAAUAUCCAGGUUAUUUUAGAACAAAAGAUAUUGGUUACUGUGAUGAAGAUGGUUACUUUUAUUAUUCAUCUAGAGCUGAUGAUGCAAUAUCAGUUGGUGGCUAUAUUUUAAAUUGUGCUGUUAUUGAAAACGAAAUUUUUAAACACCCAAAUGUCAUUGACUGUUCUGUUAUAGGAAUCAAAGAAGAGCUAUACAAUCAAGUUCCUUUAGGUUUUUUAGUACUCAAGGAAAAUAUUGAUCUCAAUAAUUAUCAAAAUUUAAAAAAUGAAAUCAAUCAAACUAUAACAAAUAAUCUUUCUUUUGGCGCAAUUUUAUCAGAUAUCAUAGUUGUCAAACAACUACCAAAAACUAAAUCAGGAAAAACAUUAAAACAAUUGUUAACAUUAAUUUUUGAUGGAAAUACAAAUAUUUCAAUUCCAUCAUCUUUAGAAAAUAAAAAUGUCAUAAGUGAGUUAUUAGAAGAAUAUAGAAAUUUUAAAAAAAUUUGA